UUACCCUCUCCCACACGUCCUCAUCACGUUUUGUACUACUCUAAAAUAAAUAGAUUAUGUUAUAUAGCAAGAAAACUACAUUUUGUAACAUCAGCGUUUAGGUAAAAGGAAAAAGCAGUAAUUGCAGCUUUUAAAGUACAGCAGUUGCUGCAACUUUCUACUUCUAGACCCUCUCCUAUACCAUCAUCACUCAUUCUUUCAUAUAGGCCAUUCCUUUUCUGUUUCACAUAAUCCUAAAGCUAAAAUCUUCCUAUUUCUUUUCACAGACACCAUUUGAUCAUUCUUUGAGAAACAACAAAAGGAAGAUGAGACCCAAGAUUUAUCUGUUUGGAGAUUCCAUCACUGAGAUGUCCUUUGAGGAUGGUGGCUGGGGUGCUUCUCUUGUCAACCACUUUAACCGCACGGUGGAUGUGGUGUUAAGAGGGUAUAGUGGGUAUAACACAAGGUGGGCAUUAAAGGUGAUAGAGAAAGUUUUUGAUGAGGAAAUAGUUACAGCGCCAUUGGCAGUGACAGUGUUCUUUGGAGCAAAUGAUGCUUGUCUCCCUGAUAGAUGCUCUGCCUUUCAACAUGUUCCUAUUGAUGAGUACAAGCUGAAUCUUCAUUCCAUUGUCUCCUUUCUCAAGGGUCGAUGGCCAACAACUCAAAUUGUCCUCAUCUCACCUCCUCCAAUUGAUGAACCUACGCGACUCCUAUAUCCUUUUAUUGAGAACAAAUUGGGCCUGCCAGAGAGGACCAAUGAAACUGCUGGAAAUUAUGCCAAAGCAAGUCUAGCUGUUGCAGCUGAAUGUGGGGUUUUGGCUGUGGAUUUAUGGACCAGAAUGCAGCAAAUUCCUGGCUGGCAAACAGCUUGUUUAAGUGAUGGUUUGCACCUGAGUAAAACAGGGAACGAGAUUGUGUUUGAGGAGGUGGUGGAGGCUCUUAAGAAGAAAGGGUUGAGUGUGGAAACUCUACCAGUUGAUCUGCCAGUGAUUUAUGAAAUUGAUCCAAAUGAUCCUCUCAAGUCUUUUGAAGGAAUAUAGCAUAUAUAUGUUGAAGCCCCUUUCCUGCAUUUCUUACAGGCUUUAAUAUAUUUUGGAAUAGCUAUUUCCUAUUUUAGCAAAAAUAUAUUGUUUAUAGACUUAAAGGUAUUGAUGUACAAGUAAUUUCAUACCUUGGCUCAAGCCAAUAUGUGUUUUCUCUUACUUGGAUUUAAUUUGGCUAUGGAACAACUUUUGUUAGUA